UAUUAUUUUUUUUCUUCUCAAGUAUAUUUUUCAAAUCCUCGUCCAACCAAGUUGCUUGAAUUUCCCUUCACAAGAUUUCAUAGUACAUACUCUUGUGUGUAUAAAGUAACUGCAUGGAUGACUGAUGAACACAUUAAUAAACUUUUAAACAACAUUUUAUUCCCAAAUAGCCAUUGACACCUUUCGGUUCUUGUUCAGUACAAUGAAAUCUUACCUUUGUGGUCAUUCGUGCAUAGUUACUUGGUACACAGAAAAAGUAUUAACUAUAAAAGUUAGAAGGCAAAUUAAAGCAAUUUGAUUGAUGAGGAGUUGUAAAUACGUGCUAAAGUGUAUUGUAUUAAUGAAUUGUAAAUAUUUCAUGAGCUCCUUAAAUACACUAAUUUUGACUUCAACCGCGCCUCAUUGUAUAGAUGUAUGGUCAAAUCAUUAUCUUUGACUUCCUUCCUUCAAAUGCCUUUUCGUUCAUUUACAUCGUCCAUGGAAGCAAUACUGGAUCCUACUUCUUGUUAACAGACACUUUACAGUUGUUAAAGGUUAAAAAGGAAGUAGAUGAAUUUGACGGGCUCCAUCUAGUUUUACAUCCAAGAUCAUAGCUAGAAGUAAAUUUAUUUUCUGCUGCCCUGUUAAAAAAAAGAAAAUUGAAAUAGUGAGAAAUGAAUGUCAGCUUUUGGUGAAGAAAUUUGCAGGAAACUUUAUGAUGAACAAAAUUUUAUGUGCAAAUGUAAGCUAGGGGUGUUUUUCAUUCUAUCGUUUUCGAAAAUAGCGGAACCAUAUAGCUCCCUUAAAAAAUGCCAUUUUUCUAUAUAAAAAAAAAACAAAAAAUAACACUGCGGCCCCGUGUUUUGCAUUUUUAUUGUUGAAAAUUCAGAAUUUGACAGUUUUGAAACGGAUAUUUAAAGUGAAAACGUAGAAUCCAAAAAAGCCUACCACUGUCGCCUAUGUAAAUAUUUACCUCAUUGUAACCUAAAAGUUAGAUGAAAGUGUUCUUAUUGCACGCUGUUCUCUGAAGUAUGAAGUAAGGGAUAAAACUCUGUUUAGUACGAUCUAACCCCCAUCAGAACGCAACAUCAGGUUCUGUACGAUUCAAUGUGAUAUCCUAUAAAUCUUAAGACUGUUUAAAAAUUAGUUGGAAAUGUAUGAAUUAUUCAUUAUCUAAAUAUAACUUGGUUAACUAGACAUUUAAAUACACACUUUUAUAUACUCUAUCUGUGUGCAAAGGUGUGUACACAGAUGUUAGACACAAACAUGGAGAGCGAGAAUUUACUGUUUUGGUCAAAAGCAACUGGAACGUUCCUGAUUUCGUCGGCCGUGCUUUACAUCGCAUGGAAAAAAAUAAUAAGCAAAGCUCCCAAGAAGGAUCAUCCACCAGAUACAGUAAUACUUCAUCAGAUUGGACGAGGUCCAUAUGCACCCAGUAUGACACCAUAUGCUAUUAAAUUAGAAACUUACCUGCGUAUGGCAAACAUUCCCUAUGAAAAUGUACACAGUUACACUCCAAGCAAGAAAGGAAAAUUCCCAUGGAUUGAAUAUAAUGGAGAGAACAUACCAGAUUCUGAAUUUUGUAUAGAAUAUUUAAAUGAUAAACUAGGAAUCGAUCUAGACAAAGACUUUACAGCAAAGGAAAAGGGAAUAGCAAGAGCUUUCCAAAAAAUGUUAGAAGAAAACACUUAUUGGGCAUUUGCAAUAGACAGAUGGGUAUAUGAUAAAGACUGGACAGCGUGUAAAGUAAUGAAAAUUCCAACAUUAACUGGUUAUUUUAUCAGACGAAAUAUGAAGAAAAUGUCGUAUGCCCAUGGUAUGGGACGACAUAGUCCAGAUGAGGUGUAUCAUAUUAUGGAGCUUGAUUUUAAGGCUUUAUCAGACUUCUUAGGUAAUAAAAAAUUCUUGCUUGGAGACAAGCCGUGUCAAGCAGAUUGUAGUGUAUUUGGUCUUAUUGGUAAUGCUUACUGGCAAUCGUUCGGAAGUCCAGUAGGAUCAACAAUCAAAAAAUACAGAAACUUAUGUGAAUAUUGUGAAAGAAUGAAAGAGACAUUUUGGCCUGACUGGGACCAAUGUAUUACCCAUGGAAAUACAAAAGAGGCAACUAAAUGAUUAUUUUUUAAAGAGCUUGUUUGUACAUGCAUUUAUGUUAUAAUAUAAACAUGGGCAGAAGAAAUAAAAUUCUUACUUUUCUA